AUGAGCGUCUUAGCAUGGAAUUGUCGGGGGUUGGGGACUCCUCCGGCAGUUCGUACACUCACCGAAGAGGUGAAAGAAAAAAAUCCCAUUUUGGUGUUCUUGGCAGAAACAAAAGCAACAACGGAGAGGAUGAAAGGCUUUCAAUAUAAGUUGGGUUUUACUCAAGGGAUUAUUGUUCCUUGCGAUGGUAAAAGUGGUGGCCUUGCAAUGCUGUGGAAGGAAGGCGUAGAUGUCCGUUUCAAGAGUUGCUCUCACUCCCAUAUCGAUGUGGUGGUUCACGGUGAAGGCAGUGGAGGCCCGUGGAGGACCACUGGGUUUUAUGGUCACCCCGCCACAAGUAUGAGGCAAAGCUCCUGGCAAUUGAUAGAAUCCCUGUAUGGCCAAUGCAAGAUGCCGUGGUUAGUGUGCGGGGACUUUAAUGAAAUCUUGCAUCCAGACGAGAAGAUAGGGUGGAAGGAAAGGGAUGCGGAUCAGAUGAGGGAGUUUAGGGAGUCACUUAGCAGAUGCGGUUUGAUUGAUUUAGGUUUUGUUGGUCCGAGGUUUACCUGGUGUAAUGGGCGUUUUGGUGAUCAGCGCACGCUGCUUCGGCUGGACAGAAUGGUUGCAAAUGAGGAACGGAUGAAGAUUUUUCCUGAAGCUAAGGUUCACAAUGUAUCAAUGUCGGCUUCGGAUCAUUGUUUGCUGGUCCUGCUACUCAAAAAGAAUCAGUACAGAAAUAGGGGGAAGAAGCGGUUCUUUUUUGAAGCAAUGUGGACAAAGGAGGAAGAGUGUAAGGAAGUCAUUGAAAUGGCUUGGGACCCAUAUAAGGAUGAUGCUACCCGGCCAAUCCAGGAGAGAUUAGAGAGAUGCCAGCGUCAACUCUAA